AUGCAAUCAUAUAAUUAUUCUCAUACAUUACUUAAACAUGAUGUAAUUAUUAAUCAAUAUAAUACAGCAGAAAAUAUGACACAGACUCAAAUCAAUGAAGUAUUCAAUAAUCUUUCAUGUCAAGAACAAAUCUAUGAUUUUUAUGAAACACUUCGAAAUAGUUCGAAUGGUUCAAUUGAACAAUUUCAAUCAAUUCUUGAAGUAUUUGUUUGUGAUAUUCUUAAAUAUCGUAAAGAAAUAAAACGAUUAGAAGAUUCAUUUAAACGUGAAAAAGAGACAAAUGAAAAAUAUUUAAGACGUAUUGAAGAAGAUCAAGAACGAGAUAUGCAUGAGUUAGAAGAAAAAACUCGAAGAGAAGAACGGCAAAAAUUUGAAAUUGAACGUGAAUUAAUUCAACAACGUACAUCAAAAGAAAUCAAUGAUUUACAAUCACAUAUUCAACGAUUACGGACUAUUGAACAACUUUAUAUUAAUCGUAAAGGUGACGAAGAUUCUUUAAUAAAUUCAAUACGUGAAGAAAUAGCAAAAUUAACAGAAGAAAAUCAAACACUAAAUACAUCUUUGAAUGAAGCCUUAACAACUAAUGCUAUAUUACAAAGUGAUUUACAAUCAUUCAAAGCUCAAUUAAGCGAAAGACAAACAAUGCUCUUACAAGAAAAACAAUCAUCAUCAAGUAAUUAUCGAGAAAAAGAAUCCCUACAAACGAAUGUUCGUCAUCUGGUAGAAGUUAAUAAACAGCUUCGUGAUGAAAAUGAUUCGUUGCGUGCAAUGAUUGAAGCCAAUAAAUUAAAUGCUAUACCUACACCUACACAUCUUGCUUUAUCCCCAAGACGAUUGUUUUCUACAACUGGUUCAACUCUAGGUGCUUAUUGGAAUGAUUCAAAGCUGGACAGCCCAUCACCAUCGUAUGUAACGAAUCCAAAUCCAACUAAAUUCGAUUCAUUUGAUCAUGAAUCAGCUGAUGAAAAAGGUAUACUUGAUAGUGGAUUAUCAUUAACAACAGUGCAGGAUGCAACUGAACUUGAUUCCGAUCAUGAAUCAAACCCGAAUCAACAAACACCAACACUGAAUAUAAAACAACAUCGAUCAUUAAUUACUAAACCAAAUAAAGAUGCUACAGAUUCAGACGAUGUUUUUGUUGAGGUUUCACUUGAACGUAAUCAUCCUAACAAAUUGUCUCAACAACGAUCAUCGAAGCGACCAGUGAACAAUGCACGUUCAUCAUCAAAACAUGCAACUAAUCAUUCACAAACAAUCCCUCGAUCACCUGCAACAAAACACCAUGAUGAGCACAAUACGAAGGAAGAUCUUUCAUUCGAUCGUAUGUUCAAAGUUGUCUUUUGUGGUGAUGCAGCCGUUGGUAAAACUACAUUAAUCAUGCGUUUAUGUAAAGGAAAAUUUGUGGCAAAUAUUAAUUCAACAUUGGGUGUUGAUUUUCAAAAUAAACAAAUUGAAGUUGAUGGUAAACGUAUUGCUCUUCAAUUAUGGGAUACAGCUGGACAAGAAAGAUUUCGUAGCAUUGCAAAAUCGUAUUUUCGUCGUUGUGAUGGUGCUAUACUUGUUUAUGAUUCAACAUAUGAACGAUCGUUUUUAAAUGUUCGAGAAUGGAUUAAUACAAUAACAGAUGCAACACCAAAAAAAGUAUCGGUCAUGAUUGUUGCAAAUAAAAUUGAUUUAAGAGAUCAAAUGCGAGCGGAAGGCAAACGUGUCAUUGAAAAAGCUGAAGGUUUAAAAUUAGCUAAAGAAUACAAAGCAUUAUUUAUUGAAACGAGUGCAAAAGAUGGUACAAAUUCAAACGAAACACUUGUCGAAUUAGCUCGAGAUAUGCAAUGCAAUGAAGAUUUAGAACGUUUUCGUACAGCAGGAAUUGAUUUAGAUAAAACAUCGAAAAAAUCUGCUUGUUGUGGCAUCAAAACUUGA